GCGGCGAGCGGAGCCCGGCGGGAGUGCAGAGAGCCAGGCAGCGGGCGGAGGGGGUGAGGAAAAAGCGGGGAAGCCCGAGGAAGACCGCCUUUCCCGCCUCACCCCCAGCUCCCGGAGCCAACUCGGAGCCCCGAGUUUGUAGAUGGGGUUGCGCGGCGGCGCCCGCGGCUGAGGAGAGCGGCGGCGCGGAGGCGGCCGAGGUGCGAGCCGAUUUCUUGACUUUGCAAAGGAAGCUGAUGAAGUUGGAAAAUCCCAUUGUUAGGUCUCUGCUGCUGCUGCCGCCAUCGAGGGUUUUUACUCUUAGAAAGCUUUUGUGCAGCAAUGCAGCAAGUUUUGGAAAACCUUACGGAGCUGCCCUCAUCUACAGGAGCAGAAGAAAUAGACCUAAUUUUCCUGAAGGGAAUUAUGGAGAAUCCUAUUGUAAAGUCACUUGCUAAGGCUCAUGAGAGGCUCGAAGAUUCAAAAUUAGAAGCUGUCAGUGAUAAUAACUUGGAAUUAGUAAAUGAAAUUCUUGAAGAUAUUACUCCUCUAAUAAAUGUAGAUGAAAAUGUCGCAGAACUGGUUGGUAUACUCAAGGAGCCUCACUUCCAGUCUCUCCUGGAGGCCCAUGAUAUUGUGGCAUCGAAGUGUUAUGAUUCACCUCCAUCCAGCCCAGAAAUGAAUAAUUCUUCUCUCAAUAAUCAGUUAUUACCAGUGGAUGCCAUUCGUAUUCUUGGUAUUCACAAAAGAGCUGGGGAGCCAUUGGGUGUAACUUUUAGAGUUGAAAAUAAUGAUCUAGUAAUUGCUCGAAUCCUUCAUGGUGGAAUGAUAGAUCGGCAAGGUCUGCUUCACGUGGGAGAUAUCAUUAAAGAAGUUAAUGGCCAUGAAGUUGGAAACAAUCCAAAAGAAUUACAAGAAUUACUGAAAAAUAUUAGUGGCAGUGUCACCCUAAAAAUUUUACCAAGUUAUAGAGAUACCAUUACUCCUCAACAGGUAUUUGUCAAAUGUCAUUUUGAUUAUAAUCCAUACAAUGAUAACCUGAUACCCUGCAAAGAAGCCGGGCUGAAGUUUUCCAAAGGAGAAAUUCUUCAGAUUGUAAACAGAGAAGACCCAAAUUGGUGGCAGGCUAGCCAUGUGAAGGAGGGAGGAAGCGCUGGUCUCAUUCCAAGCCAGUUCCUGGAAGAGAAGAGAAAGGCAUUUGUUAGAAGAGACUGGGACAAUUCAGGCCCUUUUUGUGGAACUUUAAGUAGCAAAAAAAAGAAAAAGAUGAUGUACCUCACAACCAGAAAUGCAGAAUUUGAUCGUCAUGAAAUUCAGAUAUAUGAGGAAGUAGCCAAAAUGCCACCCUUCCAAAGAAAAACAUUAGUAUUGAUAGGAGCUCAAGGUGUGGGCAGAAGAAGCUUGAAGAACAGGUUCAUAGUACUCAACCCCACUAGGUUUGCAACAACAGUGCCAUUUACUUCACGGAAACCCAGGGAAGAUGAAAAAGAUGGCCAAGCAUAUAAAUUUGUGUCACGAUCAGAGAUGGAAGCAGAUAUUAAAGCUGGAAAAUAUUUGGAACAUGGGGAAUAUGAAGGAAACCUCUAUGGAACCAAGAUCGACUCUAUUCUUGAAGUUGUCCAAACUGGGAGAACUUGCAUUUUGGAUGUUAACCCACAAGCUCUGAAAGUGCUGAGGACAUCUGAGUUCAUGCCCUACGUGGUGUUUAUCGCUGCUCCAGAGCUGGAGACAUUGCGUGCCAUGCACAAGGCUGUAGUGGAUGCUGGAAUCACCACCAAGCUUUUGACAGACUCUGACUUGAAGAAAACAGUGGAUGAAAGCGCAAGGAUUCAGAGAGCAUACAACCACUACUUUGAUUUGAUCAUCAUAAAUGACAAUCUUGACAAGGCCUUUGAGAAACUACAAACUGCCAUAGAGAAACUGAGACUGGAGCCACAGUGGGUCCCAAUCAGCUGGGUUUACUGAUGAUUCAGUAAGGUUAACAAUUAAAUAAAACUUUCAAAAAGUGACUCAGCAUAUGAACCUUCUACUGAGAAAAUACUUGCAGAGAUAGAAGGUACCUGCCAAGUCAGGCGCUGUGCAAAUUGAACAGUACACUAUGCUAAGUUUUUAUAUAAACUGAUUGGGAAGGUGUACUAAUAUAUAAUUUAUCUUAAUUUUUCUAACUUUUUAUGGAUAAUCUUUGUAUUCAUAUCACAAAGAAAUGCGUUGAAGCAUUUUGUAUAUGUUUUGAUUUAGUACCCUUGCCUUUUACAUCAAAGGAAUUUUCAGAUCAUUUACUCUUAACAUUGGUCUCUCACAUUUUCACUGUGAUAAUGAAUACUUGAAAUAGUUUUGUAAAGCGAUCAUUUACUUCAGUAUUUAGUGAAGGGUCAGUUACUCUUAUUAGAAGAAAAUAGUUAUUGACCUUCCAUCUUAAUCAAAUUUCCUACAGAAGCAGAAUUUUAAUGUCAGCGCUACAGCCAGUCUACAACUAUCUUAAUCUGACAUCAAAUCUUUUUAGUGCCACAUAUUAUCCAGAGAUGAAUGGCUAUCCAUUGUAAUUUAUGAGUAGAUUAAUUUUUCCCCUCAUAUCUCUUGUGAGAAAAUGAAGAGCAAUACCUUGCACUCUUAUGAGGUUGUUCUUUUCACUUGUUGCAGUGACAUGUUAAUAUGUGUGCACAGUGAGCUUGGGCUGGAAGCAAGGUCGUACAGACUGAGAGUGCCUUAUCCUGUAAAACUUUACUUAAUGAUAAUUAAACUUUUACUUAUUUCCACAUAUGAAAUUUUGAAUUACUUUAAACAAAUUUUUUUUUUUUAAGGAUAUGGUCAGCAAAAGUAAAUGCCUCUGCAAAUUUUUGUGAUGUUUAAAGAUGCCUCUUAAGUUUGCAGCUAGAAGUUUUUUGUGAAUGAGAUCAGUUGUGCAUUCUGAAAUGUGAUAUGAUUGUUAGGGUACUUGAUCUAUAUUUGUGUUGAAGACAAAAUACAUUGAAGAGUUUACAAAAUUUGGAAAUAAUUGUCAACUGUUUUAUAUAUAACACAUAAUAUAUACACUGUAUAAUGUGUAUAUUAUAUAUUAUAUAAUAUAUUCACAAUAUUUUCUAUUUUUUUAGAUUUCUGUUAGAAAAUACCCUUUUGUUUAAUGAUUAGAAGAAAAGUCCUUUAGAUGCUUUGCCAUAAUUUUCAAAUUUCCACAUUGACCUCAGUUAAUAUCUUCCUUUAGGUUUCUUGGAUAAUUUUUUCCUAAAACAUUCAGAGCUGUAGCUUGUCACUAAGCUAACCAGAUUUUGUAUUGCUGCUAGCUUUUCACAUACACACUGUUCACACUUUUAAGGGGUAGGUACUUGAGUACUGAUGAGCAUCUUUGGUGACAAACAUCUGGCUUCUGAACUUUUCUUUCCCCUCACCAAAGAUAUAUCAAAAGGCCAUCUGAGAGGACUUUGGCAGAAGAGAAAAAAAAUCUAUGGCAGGAAACAGUAUUCACACAUGUACCUAAGCUGCAAUAUUGAUAAUAAUGGAAAUCUGUAGUCUUUUUAAUUUUAGAACUUUUGCUUAUCCUAGGACAGGAAAUUGGGAAUACUCUUAAUAACUGAAAUUUUUUAAAUGCUAUAUAUUUACUAAAAUUCUUGGGUUCUCAUAGUAAUGUGAAUCAAAGCACAGUAUAUAGGGAAUGUCCUGUGACUUGAUGUUCCAACAUACUGUAAGUUUUCAGAGACAUCUCAGCUCUUUGCUCUCAGGAAAUGUGCUGUCAUAGUCCCCAGCAUACCAUCGUGCCACAGCAUGAAGCCUUUCUAAGCAGCUUACGGGAAUUGUAGCAGCGUCGAAGUCUGUCCACAAGGUAUUUCUGCCAUCUCGGUUCAAAGGAGAGACAGCUUUCACAACUGUAUUUAUAGCUUUUUUGUGGAUACAAAAGUGCAUGUUGUCUGGAAUAUAGUCUAAACUUCUUUGUUUAUAUUAUAAAUGGUAUUCAUGUGUGACUGCAUAGCUAAUGCCCUUUAGAGUCCUCCUAAUGAAACAAGGAGUUUAGUUCAUCUUAAUAUAGAUGUCAGUGUUUCCAAAAGUGAACUCAUUAGAACAGUACUUUUUAUCUCAGUUAAGAGUCACUGACCUUGAAAUCUUAAGUCCCACCUGGGUCUUACUCAGGAUUCUUCUGAGGUAAUUAGAUAAGGAAAUGUAUACAUAUCUUGUGGGAAAGGUCUGAGAGACUUAUUUGUAAUCAUGUUAUGACAAGAAAAUGGUUUACAAUGACUUUGAAUAAUUGGUUAAAAAUAUACAAAGGUAUGUGCUUUGGAGAAGUGUGAUAUGCUGAGAUACAUACAAAUGUAUUGGAGGGUUUCUUGGGAAUAGAUGAAUAUUUCUUGUGGGUAGACAAAAAUUCAGUAGUCAGAACAUGAUUAUUUCUAAACAACCAGUGGUUAUAUGUACUUUUUCAUAUUCAAAUGUACAAAUACCCAUGGAGCUGAAGUCCUUGAAUUUGACCUUUACUAGUAGAAUAUAUUUGGGGCUCUACAAGUAGAAUUCACCUUCGUUAUAACUGUACUUGCAUUGUGAAGUCUGUUUGAUAUUUAGGUGAUGUCAGAUGCUGCAAGAAUUUGUUUACUUCACCCAACUCAAUAUAAUUGCUGACCAUAACUUUCUAAAACAGAAAUCCAAUACUACAGUAAUAGUAGCCUAAACCCUAGAUUCUAGCAAAUUUAUUUAUAAUAGCCUGUAAGAAUUUGUUUCCUUCAAAAAGGUUGAAAUGCAUUUAGAAAAUAACUCAAAUUAGCAAUAAAUCCAUUAGCAUUUCAUUAUUGGUUGUGGCUAGAUGCUAUUUUGGCUGUAAUAUCCCAAUGAUAGUAAAAGGAUGACCAUAUCUGCUCAUAGAAACACCAGUAUACAGGAGACCAAGGCAGGAGGACAAAAAAUUGAAGACCAGCCUGGGGACAUAGUAAUACUGUCUCAAAAAAAAAAAAAAAAGAAAAAAAAAGGGACUGGAAGACAUCUCAUUAACAGUGUAUGUCUGACAUAUGCAAGGCCUUGGACUCAAUCCCCAGAAAAGAAAAAGAAAUGAUACUUGCUUUAAAAAUGCAUUAAGAUACUAUUUAUGUGUAACUAACAUCGUGGCCCAGUGAUAGAGUUGAUUCUCAGCAUGGAUGGCCAUAGAGUUUAGAACAAUUAUUUUGAAUGAACAAAUUCAAAAUAUAAACAGUUUAAAAAUAAGUAAGAAUAAUCAUCUACUUAUACUUUGCUUGUAUGGCUUCUCAGUCAAUCCUGUAUUACUCAGAAAUUACAGGCUAGAAAGCCAGUAAUUUAUUACUAAUAAGGUUUUACACUAAACAUGAGAAAGGCAAUCCUGAAAUUUUAUGUAUAUAGUUCAUUUUUAAACAUUUGAGUUGCCAUAUAUAUGUAUAUGUAUAGAAUGUAAUAUUCUCCCAAAAUUCAUGAAUAAUAAAGCUAAAUAUAUACACCCAUAUGUUAUAGCUAGUGUUCUAAAAUUUUUAAUUCUUCUCAAGUUCCUAGACAUCCUGAAACUAUUUUAGAUUCUUUUAAAAGGCUUAGUUCCAUUUUGAAGCUGAUCCUUACCUCCUUCCUUCCUGAAAGAAGAGAAAUUGAGCUCAGAAAAUUCCUGUUCACUAUUAGAACUUAAUUUCCUUAAGGAAAACCAGAUUUCUGGAUGGGAAAUACUUGUUCUAACUUUUAAAUGACUUUGUGCUAUGAUUUAGGCUUGAUGAUUACAGUACCUACCCUCUUACUCCAGGGGAUUUGUGGUGAGAAUUCUUGUAAUAGCAUCUAUCAUGUGUUUGGAGUUCUUUUCAGAAAGUCAGUAUUUGAAAUGAUAUUGUACAUAGUGCAAAUGAAUACUAUUAACAGACUUUUAAGAAUACAUUUGAUGACUAAUUCAGUGCUACUGUUUUUUCUUUUGUAAAGUAGAAGUCAUAAGCCUGAAGAAAACAAUUCUAUAGUUUAAGGUAAAGUUAUUUUAAAAUUGCAAUUUUUUUAGCUUUUAAAGUUAGUUUUUAAAAUAUUCAUUGUAUUUCAUUAUAUUUUUCUGUGUCCCUGGAAUGACUUUUGAAACAUGCACAUAAUCAAACAUGAGUCCCUGAUGGGCUGAAACAUGAGCAAGAGUAAUGGUGUCCUAUUCCUAAGGUAGCAAUCAUGGUUUGCACCACUUUGGCCAAAUACUACAAGACUGUCUUAAAGAUAACUCUUAUGGUAAAACUAGAAAUGGUGUACUUCUGCUGGCUGUGUUCUACUUACCAAGUAGGACUAAGUUAAUUCUCUUAACUCUUAGCAGUGACUUGCACUAGGGUCACUUCUCAUGUAGUCCCUCAAAGGCGUACCUCUCUCUGUGGUGAAGUAGCACAUGGUGAGCCACGCAGGAGCCCACCUCCAGGUGUAAGAGACUGAAAAGAAGGUCUGUUCUGCCCUUCCAGUGAUCUUAAUAUGGAGUUCCCUUUAGAAUCCCAUUCCAGGUUCAUUCUCUUAGCAAAUCUGUGCUGCCAACCAUAUCCCUAACAAAUUAUGCAAGAUUAGAGCGGUGCAGUUCCUGGCAUCAGAACAUUCGUCCAUGCUCCCUGAAGCUUCCCUGCUUGGUUCUUCUGCCUGAUGUUGAUACUGCAGCCUUGAUGUUUCACCCAUAGUGUGAAGUUUAACAAGCAGCUCGAUCUUUCUUGGAGGAAACAUUCAGUUAGGUCCAAUUAAUGGACUGGAAAAUCCAAAAAAAAAAAAGCUAUUUUUCUUUCUAAUUACUUCCU